AUGGCUUCGUCAUCAACGGCCACAGAGUCACCACCACCAGCAUCCGCCCCCUCAUGGACCGACAGUCUCCUCGACUCCGGCUACCUCCCCCACUUCCUGCUCCGCCGCGGAAUCCGCCAACAACUCUCCCAACGCAUCGCCGCCAUAGCCAGCACAUCCCUCUCAGGCGCCUACACCCGCAAACAGACCUACAUUGACGCUCUACGUACCCGGCCCAUCGCUAUCCACACCGCCUCAGCCAACGAGCAGCACUAUGAAGUCGGCACCUCCGUCCUCCGCGGGAUGCUCGGCCCUCGGAUGAAGUACUCCUGCUGCCUCUACCCAACCGGCAAAGAAAGCCUCGCGCAAGCCGAGAUUGCCAUGCUAGACAGCUACGUAGCCAAAGCAGACCUGCACGACGGCAUGACCAUCCUCGACCUAGGAUGCGGAUGGGGCAGUCUAACCCUCUACCUCGCCGAGCGCUUCCCCAAUAGCAAGGUAACCGGCUUCAGCAACUCCCGUACGCAACGCGAAUGGAUCGUGAGCGAAGCGGCCCGGAAAGGUCUGAAGAACGUCGAAGUCAUCACGGGCGAUGUAGUCGACCACGAGUUUUCCCCCCAGAAAUACGACCGUGUACUCAGCAUCGAACUCUUCGAGCACAUGAAGAACUACGAACUCCUCCUAGCCAAAGUCGCGCGCGCGUUGAAACCAAAGGGCAAGCUGUUCGUGCACAUCUUCGCCCACCACUCCACGCCCUACGACUUUGAGGAUGGGUGGAUGACGACGCAUUUCUUCACGGGUGGGACUAUGCCCUCAGCAGAUUUGUUGCUGUACUUCCAGAAGGAUUUGAAUAUCAAGCAGGUGUGGUGGGUGAAUGGGAAGCACUAUGCGAAGACGUGCGAGGAUUGGUUGGUGACGAUGUUGGGGAAUGAGAAGGCGGUGAGGGAGGGGUUGACGGAGACAUAUGGGGAGGAGUUGGGGAAGGUGUGGUGGUAUAGGUGGCAGGUGUUUUAUUUGGCUUGUGCGGAGUUGUUCGCGUGGGAAGGGGGAGAUGUCUGGGGGGUUGGGCAUUACUUGUUCGAGAAGCCAUAG